CCACGUGCAAGUCCGGGCCUGGAAGGCAGAGCCCUCCCAGCACAAUUAUAGCCAACAGCUGUGGUUGUAAGCUUGACCCUAUGGUUCUAACACAUGACCCCACGUGCCUAAGUGAUAUAGGCAGUAAGUAAACAGAGCUUGAUCAGGUGCUUAUAAUUGAGUAGGAUCAAAACUCACAAGAAUGUUGCAAACAUCUUGACCACACCCUUUCUUUGCCUCCUGGCAUCUGCUAUAAAAUAAAGACACGGCUUGUGGGCACUGGCUCUGUCUCUCAGGAGCAGCGUCCAACCGAGACCCAGCUUUCAUUCUCUCCUCUGUCUUUUCUAAGCUUGUCACUGCGCAGCAGGAGCAGCAACGUGGGUGCUGACAGCUCCAGGAAGCCACGGGUCCGAAGUGCCUCCUGGCUGUGGGCCUCUAUGGAGGCUAUGCAACGCUCCUGCAAUGGUCCCAGGCCAAAGGUUACAGGCGCCUGCAGGGCCUCACAAACCUGCUCUGCGUCCAACACCUUCACCACAAACUCCAGACAUAGCUCUCUCAGUUCCUCCAGCCCAUACUCCACAGCUGCUGUCAGCACCUCCACACAGAAUGGCGGUGCAGCUUGACACUGUUGGUAUACAAGAACUCCAGCACGCCAGGAAGGCCUCAGCUGGUACUGUGCUUAGCACCACUGGGCCAGGCAUCCCAGGGCCUGGCUCUGGGCCCAGAAGUCGCUGGAAAAAGUUGCAUCUACAGGCCAGCAAGCACCGGAUAUGGACUUUGAGGACGUGGCCAUUGCCUUCUCCCAGGAGGAGUGGGGGCUCCUUGAUGAGGCUCAGAGACUUCUGUACUGCGAUGUGAUGCUGGAAGUGUUUGCACUGGUCUCAUCUGUGGGUUGCUGGCAUAAAACGGAUGAGGAGGAGGUCUGUCCUGAGCAGAGCUUAUCUGUUCAAGAAGAGUCACAGGUCAGGGCUUCUAUGACAGCUCCAGCAUCUCAGAGGACCCAUCUGUGUAAUCGGUGUGUCUCAGAGUUCAAAGAUAUUCUGCACCUGAGUGAGUCACAAACUGGAGACUUUGAGCAGAAAGCCUUGUUCAGUGAUGCAUGUGUGAGAGACUUCUGUUUCAAUGCAAACCCUCCCCAGCAGCAGAGGGAAGCCAAUGGAGAGAAGCCCUGGAAAGAAGACAUGGACAGGGCCUUGUUUGUGACCAACUGCACCUUCUACUUACCUUGGGUGCCUUCAAACAGUAGGGAGGUUGGGAACGUCUUCCCAGCCAUCUCAGAGCUUCUCCAGCACCAGGCUUCUCUCACCACUGAGGAGCCACACAGUGGCAGUGAGAUUUCAGAGGUAUUUCUUGUUGGAAAAAGUGUUCACCAGACUUGUAACUGUGAAAUAUUUGGCAGCCACAACCAGAGAUUUGUUCAGCAUCAGAGUGCCUGCUCUGGAGAAGUGAAAUACCAGUGUAACAGAGGUGGGAGAGUUUUUAAACAAAACUUUCACCUCAUUCAGCAAAGAAUAAUUCACACUGGAGAAAAGCCGUAUAAGUGUGCUGAUUGUGGGAAGUCCUUUGGACAAAGGUCCAACCUCAUUUCACACCACAGAGUUCACACUGGAGAAAAACCCUAUGAGUGUUCUGAUUGUGGGAAAUCUUUUACGAGAAAUAAUAACCUCCUUAACCACAAGAGAGUUCACACUGGAGAAAAGCCCUAUGAGUGUGCUGAUUGUGGGAGAUCUUUUAGGACAAAUAAUAACCUCCUAAACCACAAGACAGUUCACACUGGAGAAAAACCCUAUGAGUGUUCUGAUUGUGGGAAAUCUUUUAGGAGAAAUAAUAACCUCCUUAACCACAAGACAGUUCACACUGGAGAAAAACCCUAUGAGUGUACUGAUUGUGGGAAAUCUUUUAGGAACAAUAGUACACUCCUUAACCACAAGGCAGUUCACUCUGGAGAAAAGCCAUAUGAGUGUACUGAUUGUGGGAAGUUUUUCAGGAGAAGGUUUCACCUCAUGGAACACAUGAGAAUUCACACUGGUGAAAAAUCUUUUGAAUGUAGUGAUUGUGGGAAGUUCUUUAGACUCAAGGGGCACCUCAUUAAACACCACAGAGUUCACACCGGAGAAAAGCCGUAUGAGUGUAGUGAUUGUGGAAAGUCCUUUAGACAAAGACGUUCACUAAUGGAGCACCACAGAACUCACACUGGAGGGAAGCCAUAUGAGUGUGAUGAUUGUGGAAAGUCCUUUAGACAAAGACGUUCGCUCAUGGACCACCACAGAACUCACACUGGAGAAAGGCCUCAUGAGUGUACUAAAUGUGGGAAAAGUUUUAGCAGCAAACCUAGCCUUGUUAGACAUCUGAGAAUUCACAUUGUAGAAAGUUCUUAAAUGUCCAGGGGAUGUUUUAUCUUUCUCACGCUACAACUCUGAAGGAGACUUAAAUCCAUUUACCUGAAUGUAAACCCCUCUUAUCUGAACAUACACAGUGGGAAAUUCCUCAUAACGUUGAAGUACAAGUGAGGCUUGAAGGAGCUGCAUUGCACUUGCCAACUUUCAAGGACUCCACCUCAUUGAUGUCACUACAAGUCUUUGUGGCUGAAGUGACCUCCCCACCACCUGGCUCACCUGAUCAAUGUGCAUCAGUCACCACCCCUGGUGCACAGGGAAAAGGAAUUCUGUGUUCUCACUUGUGCUUAAGUGAAUACUCUGAGCUCUUGGCAGGAUCCUCAUUCCUUACUCUCUGACUAAGAAAUGGACCUGACCCAGGUUUUAUCCAGAGCUCCCAUUCUCAGCUAAGAAGAGCUGCCUCUUUCAGGGACACUGUGGUUCUCACCUUCUGCUGUGAAUUGCUGCAAACUGAUUGCUGUCCUCUGCUCUGGUAUAUGGUGUUUUUGUAAUUGUGAUUUUGCUUUUGUACCUUUAAUUUUGUUGGUUCUAUUCACUGCCUGGGUUGCUUUGAAAGCACAGUUGUGAUGUGUCAGCAUGUAGGCUUAAAAGAUAUUGUGGGGAUCUCAAACUUUCUGUGCUUCAGGAAGGAUAGCUUGAUGGCAGAAAAUCCUUCUUUGUCCAAUUUUCUUUGCUUUACUGCCCCAGGCCUGAAAUAAAGACCGCAUGACUUUGUGUUAGUAUUUUUCAGGUUCAAUCCCAGCCCAGCAUUUUGUCUGGGUGGGAUGCAUCCAGUCAUUGUGUUUCUCUCUCAUCCCACUCUCUCAAAUAAAAAAUAAAAAAGACUGCCCUAAGUGGUUUGGCUCAAUGGAUACAGCGUCGGCCUGUGGACUGAAGGGUCCCAGGUUCAAUUCUGGUCAAGGGCAUGUACCUUGGUUGCGGGCACAUCCCCAGCAGGGGUUGUGCAGGAGGCAGCUGAUGGGUGUUUCUCUCUCAUCAGUGUUUCUAACACUCAAUCCCUCUGCCUUC